AUGGCGUCUUCUAGCUUCGCCCCAUUUCCUGCGUCCACCAAGCUCGCCGUGCCACGCAAGACCAGCCUUCUUGCUUCUCCAUGCUCCACUCUCUUCGCUUCCCCAUCGUCGCCUGGACAUUGUUGCGUGUCCGUCUCCACCUCCCCGUUUCUUCUGUUCAGUGUCGUCCUCGGGUCGCGGCGCUGGAGCGCGUCGAGGAUUCAAUCCGUAGCAGAAGUUGAUGCAGCUGCCGCUUCGGCGGAGCGGGAUGUCGGAGGAGGGGCUACCGAAGGUGUGGACGAAAAGAAGCCAGCCGGAGGGAAAGCUAGAUUGCGGCCGUUUGAGCUCUACGUGUGUAACCUGCCCAGGAGCACAGACAUCUCCGACCUUCUAGAUGUCUUCUCUCCCUACGGCACCGUCCAAUCCGUGGAGGUAAGGUCUCACAUUCUCCGGAGCUUCCGAUGCGCGUAAUUUCUUCUCAGAAGCAGGAGGCUCCAAUUGCGUACUCAUCUCCACAAUUUUUCAAUCGGUUUCGUGAUACAGUUGAAAUUUCACGCUCUAUCUAUAGAAGAUCGGUUCCCGAGUUUCUAGGAAACUAUAUGUUCAGAUAUCUCUUUUUGGCAUUCUUGCAUUCGUGAAGAAUUUUUUUCUGGUUGAGUGGAAAACUAAAGUAUGCCCUUGGGUGCUCUAUUUCGUUCACUAUCGUGAUAAAAUUGAUGAUCCUCUCACCCGGGAUGCUUCUAGAGAGGAUAUUGCAGUUCUUGGUGGUUUGAAAUUUCCUCAUAUUGACUAGAUAUGUGUCAAAAAUUGAACCUGAUUUCGUUUUCCUUGAUAAAAUGUCGGAUCAAACGACCAACUCGUCAAAAUCAUCCAAUUUAUUAAUCUGAAAGAAGGUCAAACAAGAUUAUAGGACGCAGGCUUUUCUUCCUGACAAUUAAUUGGCUCCAAGACAGUCAAAAUAUCCCAAACAAAAAAAAUCAAUAAAACAAGAAUCCCUCAGGCUGUCCAAUUGAUGCGGUGCUUUGAACAAGAGUGAGUUGCCUGGUUAAAUCUAGAGGGGCUUCGAUGUAUUUUCUAUCUUGGUUUAUCAUUUUUUUAUUUUUAAAAGAAUUACAUGGUGUUGAAGAAAAUAGAAAAUUAUGAGGUUCGUAAAUUAAUUAAUGAGCUGACUUUGAAAAAUAUAAAAGGAUGUGCUACCCAGGAUCGAUAAGAACGAUUGGGCAGUGCCACUAUCUUUCAUCGUCAAGGGAAUCCCACAACAUCACAGUUGAACACCUACGUAGUUCUCUGUUGGGCUACAAAAAUGACCCACUAAGGACCCCGGGGCGGUUGAUUAUGAAGGUUCGUUCCUUCGUAGAGUACCUCAGUUUUUGGAUGAAGAAUUUUACUAUAGUCCAGUUGAACCAUAACUCUAACGCUUUCAUCCUUCCUCUGUAAAUACUGACUUGGCUGAUUCGACUGCAAACGAGUUGAGCUAGAUCUUGGGCUGAAUUAUCAUGUGAGCAUCAAGCCACCAAUUGUGCGAUAUUGUUGGAUGAACUAGCAUGUCUCUGCGAAUUCUUCUGUUAAAUUUUCUUCCUGAUCGAUGCUUACUUAUUCUCGGAAUGCGUGUGUAGGUUUCAAGGAACCCUGAAACUGGUGUUAGCAGAGGCUGUGGCUUUGUUACUAUGAGUUCCAUUCUUGAGGCUACAGAAGCUGUGACUGCCUUGGAUGGAUCCGUAAGUCAAAUGCCCAUCUCUUGUUGUGUAUAUAUUUGUGUGUGUGUGUGUGUUCAUGCAUGCAUAUAGAUAGAGUGUGCGUGCGUGUGUGUGUGUGUGUGAGUGUGCGUUUUAAUACUUUCUCUCGUUUUGCUUUCUUCAAGGAAUUAGGAGGGCGAGAACUACGUGUCAGAUUUUCAGCUGAAAUGGCAUCUGGGAGAAAAAAUACGACAAAUUUAAAUACGGACACCAGGAAGGUCAUCUUCUAUGAAGGCCCGCAUAAGAUCUAUGUUGGCAAUCUCCCAUGGUCUGUGCAACCUGCAGACUUGAGACAACAUUUUAGCCAGUUUGGAAUGGUGGUCAGCAUCAAACUGUUCCGUGAUAGGAAGUCUGGAAAGAGGCGUAUGUACGGGUUUCUCUCAUUCUCCAGCAUUGAAGAACUCCAAGCUGCAGUGUCAUCAAGUGGAACGGUAGCUCAUUCGUUCUUGGGUUCUACUCCCACACACUCGGAGUUAUAUUUAUUUAUAAAUAAUGCUAGACUCGCAGGCUAUGUUUUAUCUACGUUUUAUAGUUUUGUUGAUAAAAUGGCGCAUCUUUUUUACUGCUUUUGGUAAUGCAGGAUUUUUGUGGGCGGCCGCUGUUGGUGAGAGAGGUUAAUGCUAGGAACCAGGAAUAA